UGGAGUUAAGUGCUGCUGAGUUGAGAGCCAGUAUCAGAGUCACGGGACAGACAGAGGCGUAGGGAGACGACUCGGAUCAUGCCGUUGUGGAACAUCCACGGCGAGGAGACGUUCGACGGCUUCGCCAUGGAAGGUGAAAGAGAAAGUUACUCAGAAGACAGGAAGUGCGCUGAACUGUGUGGGCCCGGCGGUGUUUGUUAUGCUCGUUCACUGGGAUGAAUCAUCGGCGUUAGUACAGCUGCAAACUGGGACAGGGUCAGCUGUCAGUGCAUGUUUGGAUAUCGCUUUUCUUUUCGCUUUAUUCAUCAGUGAACGUUAAUGGAUUUUCUGUUGCGCAGAGUUUUGUUUUUAUUUGUGAUUUAAGGAUGUAUUGUGGUCAUAGAACGUCAAUUCAAGAUAAUGAAGAGCGAUCAGAGAACAAAUGGUGCAGAGGCAUGAAAACAGGGAACGAAUGAAGAGGAAUGAACAGAAAAGGCUUGGAAUGAGCGGAGAGUGUCACACGUGCAGAUGAAGGGCACAGUGACGAAGUCUGGGUUUCAUGUUCCUGCCCGCUCCACUUCUGCACUCGAUAAUCAAACACACUAUUUAUAGAGCGAGCAGAGGCGUGUUGGUGGCUGCUCCGCGUUGGGCUGUCCAGCUGGGGAAAAAAAGAAAAGUGACAGAAUACUUUUUACUGGUGCCAAAGGUCAAAUCUGCCUUUGUUAUUUAACACAGUGGAUGGAAAUUCAUGCAGAUUGGACUUUGUACGGUUUGUGGUGAUCAGUGUAGCCGCUCAGUGAGAUGACGGUGGGACGAAGACAUGGCCUCUGAACACGAUCCGCGUCUUCCACAGAGAGGUAAUGAGAUAGAUGUGUUAUUUUUACAGGUCUGAUUGUUGUAUCUGCCUUCAUGACCUCCUUUCUCUCCUCCAAUCAAAGCUCACGGGGGGAUUUUGCGAGCGCUGACAGGGUUUCUGGUUGGUUAGAUGAUUGGAGAUGCCACUUUUCUCUGAACAGGUGGACUGAGGAGCGGAGCAGCGAUGGUGACUCCCACUCAGUCCUCAGCGGCGACCGCGUGGAGCAGAUGACCAAGACCUACAAUGACAUCGAAGUGGUCACACACCUUCUGGCUGAGCGGGACCGAGACCUGGAGCUGGCGGCUCGGAUCGGUCAGUCUCUCCUGCAGAGGAACCACCUGCUGCAGGAGCGCAACGAGGCGGUGGAGGAGCAGCUGGCGCAGGCUCUGGACCAGGUUCACCAGCUGCAGCACGAGCUCAGCAAGAAGGACGAGCUGCUCCGGAUGGUGGCGAGCGCCUCGGAGGAGAGCGAGACGGACUCCAGCGUGUCCACGCCGCAGUGCCACCCCCAGCCGCCGGGGGGGCCGGCCGCCGCGCUCAGCCAGCUGGAGUGUCUGCAGAGCAAGCUGCAGGAGCUGGAGGAGGAGAACCUCUCCCUGCGGUCCGAGGCCUGUCAGCUGAAGAGAGACACCAUCACGUACGAGGAGAAGGAGCAGCAGCUCGUCAGCGACUGCGUCAAGGAGCUCCGCGAGUCCAACAGCCAGAUGGUCUCCCUGACGGACGAGCUGUCCCAGAAGAACGAGGAGCUGCUCAGGCACCAGGAGGAGAUCGCUCAGCUGCUGUCGCAGAUCGUGGAGCUGCAGCACCGCGUGAAGGAGCUGGCUCUGGAGAAGGAGGAGCUGAGGAUCCACCUGCAGGCCUCCAAAGAAGCUCAGAGGCAGCUGACCGCGGAGCUGAACGAGCUGACGGAGAGGAACUCGGAGUGUGUGGAGAUGCUCCACGAGUCCCAGGAGGAGAUCAAGGACCUCCGCAGCAGGAACGCCCCCUCUGCCGGCAUGAGGCGGCACCUGCCCUACGGCCUCUACCCCAUGGACUCGUUGGCAGCGGAGAUCGAGGGCACCAUGAGGAGGGAGCUGAGUGUGGACGAGGAGUCCGCCUUUCAGGACCAAAGAGUUUCCCAGAAGCGCGUCUUCCAGACGGUCCGCUCUGUGAACGCCUCGUCAGCGCGCGCCGGCGCCACCAUCCCUCCCAUCCCCGGCUCCGGCCACAGCUCUCUGGUGAUGACGGCUCAGCCCUUCCAGUCCAACCAGGGCGACGAGGUGCGCCUCGGUCAGCCCGGCUGCCCCGGGGGAAACGACCUCACCAAAGCGCUGCACCGGCUGUCGCUGCGGCGGCAGAACUUCCUGUCGGAGCGGCAGUUCUUCCAGGCGGAGCGCGAGAAGAAGCUGCGGGGCCUGGGGGCGGCGGAGGCCGAGGCGGAGGGCAGCGGCUGCAGCUCGCCGACCGGCAGCGUCAUGUCGUCCUUCUCCAACCUGUCGGAGCUGAGCUUCAGCUCCAGCGUCUUCAAGACCUUCCUGCCGGAGAAGCUGCAGAUCGUCAAACCCAUGGAAGGCUCGCUCACGCUCCACCACUGGCAGCAGCUGGCUAAACCCCACCUGGCGACCAUCCUGGACCCGCACCCCGGCGUGGUGACCAAGGGUUUCCGGCCGCUGGCUCAGGACGCCGUGUUCCGCCUGUCUGACAUGGAGGAGGACGAGGAGGACGGGGAGCGCGGCGGGAUGGCGGUCCUGGAGAAAGGGGCGGCCGAGCGCGGUAAGGAGGAGGACGAGGAAGACGAGGAGGGCGGGAUCACCUUCAAGGUGCGCUGUUCGUCCACGCCGGACGAGAGGAAGGACAGACGCAACCUGCCGGUCCAGACGUUCUCCUCUCCCGCGCUGCCGGCGUCUCCCGGAGCGCCCGCCGCUUCCUGCUCGGUGCGGUCGGACGUCUGUCUGACGCCCCGGCCCGGCCAAUCGCCUCAGCCCAUUCCAGGAGCCUCGACGGCAGCGGUCCAAUCGCAGAGCCAGGUGUCGUCCUCGACCACGACCGCGACCGCGACGACGUCUUCCUCUGUCCAAAACCCCGGGAAGAGUCACAGCUCCACCUUCUCCACCUACACCUUCACCACCUGCCGCAUCCUGCAUCCCACCGACGUCACGCAGGUCACGGCGAGUUCCCAGUCGUCCCUCCUGGCCAACACGCCCAGCUCCAUGCGGACGGGUCCCAGCACCCCCGUCACCCCCUGCAGACUCAGCCUGGGCGACUCCUUCCCCCCCCGGCGAGCACCCGCCCCCGCCGGCGCCCUGGCCAAGCUGGUCCUGGAGAGGGGCAUUUCGGCGCAGGUUUCCACCGACGCCCCGCCCCCGCCCCCGAAACCCGGCCCCCGCCAGCCCCUCCUGCGCCUGCUGCCCGGCACCCCGCCCAACUCCCCGUCCCACUCCCCCGCCCCCUCCCCCGUCCCGACGGAGAGCCGCCAGCACCCGGCCGAUAACUUCCUGGCCUCGCGGCCCGCGGAGCUUUUCCUCCAAGACGUUUACGGGCUGAACCUGGGCCGCGCCCCGCACCCCGACCUCCCCAGCCCCUCCCAGGAGACGCCCGCCCUCGCCGCGGCGCCGAAGCCGGGCCAGGUCAGAGCCGACCCGGCCAGCGUGGGCCUGGUGGAGAGGCUGCGGCGGCUGGGAUUCACCAAGGUUCUGCACGGCUCCGAGUCCGACGCCUCUUCUCCGAGGGAUUCCUCCACCUUCGUGUCGACGGGCGGAGGCAGCCUGCUGGACGGCCUGCGGCGCAACCAGAGCCUGCCGGCCAUGAUCGGUGCCCGCGCCGGGAAGCCCUCCGUUAGCCCCGCCCCUCCGCCUCCUCACCCCACCUCCCUGGCCCUGCCCCCUCCCCCCUGGGGAAACCUCAAAGAGCGGCGCCGACACUUCGGCUCCGUGUCCAAGCCGCCGUCCAGCUCGUCCAGACGCUGAGGAAGAAGAAGUGGACGUGAACCUCCUCCUUUCUGCCUUCGGAGAGACGUCGGCGCAUCAGUGGCCAGAUCGGUCCCGCCUUCACGACUUGAUUUGAAAGCACAAUUGACCUUUUUUAGCAAAGUCCUCCAUGUUUGUAGGUGUCUGCCACAGUGCUCGUCAGUACGGCCUUAGCUUGCCUCUCGGUAGGUCUUUCUCUUUUUAAACCGGUGAGAUAUCUGGAGAUGAAGGAAAACACGCAAGUGUGCGAGGGUUCGUGGAAGUGGAUUUGUAAAGAGUUGGAGUGGAAGUGUGUGAAAAAGACGAGAAAGCGUGCUCGGAAGAGAAGAAGAAAACGGAAGACAGCAAGUUUAAAGGGCUCCUGCCUCAGAGAAUCCAGUUGUGGAGGGCGGCACACUGCCAGACCCCGGCCUCCAGACCGUAUUCAUAUGAUUUGAUCAGCCGUCCACGCGCCGCGCAUCAGCGUCCGCAUGAAGAAGCAGAAGGUCCGCUCUCACCUUCAGAUCUGUUUGGGUGUGUGAGGCCUUUCUUUUAAAGCCAAGCUUGUAUAUAUAUGAGUUGCACUGGAUGAGGUUUUGAGGAGAACACCACUGAUUAUCUAAGCUUGUAUCCUCAACAUCCCACUUUUCUAUUUAACCUUCAGUUUACUGUUUAAGAUAUUCUAACAUAUUGUGUGCCUGCUGUAACAUUUUGUCAUAAGAUUUUAAUAUAUGUAGUGUUUUUAAUUGCUUUCCACAUGAAGGGAAACCAAGCUAAAAGUGGCAUCCUUAUUCUUGAUGAUAGUAACUUCAAAAUAAGGGUUUUUUUUUCACAUUUGACAAAAAAAAACCCAAAUGGAUAAGGGAAGACACACUCAGACUGAGGACACAGUGAAAGCAGGAGGUUCAGGUCCAAACAGAUGAAACAUCCGUCUCCAUGUUGCUCUCCUGCCGUGAUCAUGAUCCUUUUAAUGGGUAUUAUCCAAUUGCCUCAUUUUAUAAAUAAAGCAGUAAAAA